GAUCAAGUUUAUCGCAAUGACGUCGACCAUCUGGACCAGGCUGAAAGUGAAGAAUGCAUACAUGGACAUUCUUAUGAACGGUGUAUAUCCGUUCUCCACCAGUACUUAACGUUCUAAAUGCAGUCUCUUCCCAGGAAAUUGUUCCCCAUGUCCUCCGAAAAGAUAUUUCGCGUUGCUUUGCGCGGUGACGGUUUGCUAACAUCACCUCGAUGGAACAAGGGGACAGCAUUCACGAGGAAGGAGCGUAAAGCGUUUGGUUUGAUAGGAAGGCUUCCAUCUGCAGUCAACACGCUGGAUGAACAAUGCGAGAGGGCGUAUGCUCAGCUCCAGUCUCAUGAGUCGCCCAUACGCAAGAAUUCCUUUCUCCAGAGUCUCAAGGCGCAGAACUGGGUCCUCUAUUACUCAUUAUUGUCGCGGCACUUGAAGGAGUUGACUUCGAUAAUAUAUACUCCCACAGAAGCCGAUGCUAUAGCCAAUUACUCGCAUCUUUUCCGGAGAAGUGAAGGGCUUUAUCUCUCCUUUCUGGAUAUCGAUACAAUGGAAGAAGAUUUCCUCGAACAAACCAAGGGUCGGGAUAUAGAUCUUAUCGUCUGCACGGAUGCAGAGGCCAUCUUAGGCAUCGGCGACCAGGGCGUUGGAGGAAUAGGCAUUUCUACCGCUAAAUCUGUCAUAUAUACGCUUCUCGCGGGUAUAGACCCAUCCAAGGCGCUUAGCGUUAUGCUAGAUGUCGGAACUGACAACGAAGACUUAUUGAACGAUCAUCUAUACGUUGGAUGGCCAAAACACCGCGUCCGUGGGGAGAAGUAUGAUAAAUUUAUAGACAAGUUCGUGCAACUCGUCCGAAAAUACCAUCCGCAUAGUUUGCUCCACUUUGAAGAUUUCGGUGUAUCAAAUGCUCAGAGGCUCCUCGAGUGCUAUCGUGACGAGCAUUCAGUGUUCAACGAUGAUAUACAAGGAACUGGAGCUGUCACACUGGCAGCCCUCAUGGCAGCAGUUGGAGUAACUAAAUCAAAGCUCGCUGAUCAGCGUUUUGUCAUAUAUGGCGCUGGUUCCGCAGGACUAGGUAUCACCCGACAAGUGCGCGAUGCCAUUAUGCAAACGGACUCAGUGUCACGGGAAGUAGUCAACAAGCAGUUCUAUCUCCUGGAUCGAUUUGGACUGGCCAAAGCCUCUCUCGGGUCCAAAAUACGACCAGCCCUUUCCGAGUUUGUACGUCCAGACGAAGAGUGGGAGGGUGUCUCAUCCAAUGAGAAUGGGGAAAUUGGGUUGUUAGAAGUGGUAAAAAAGGUGAGGCCGACUAUACUGAUUGGCUGUUCGACACAGGGAGGAGCAUUCACGAAAGAGGUGGUGGAAGCAAUGAAGAGCGGCUGCGAACGGCCUGUCAUAUUUCCGCUCAGCAAUCCCACUAGACUGGUCGAGGUGGACCCCAAAGAUGCCAAUGAAUGGACAGGAGGGAAAGCGCUUCUAGCGACGGGAAGUCCAUUUCCUCCUGCAAAGAUGCCGAGUGGAAAAGAUUACAUUAUUGCGGAGUGUAAUAAUGCUUUGAUAUAUCCGGGUCUAGGUUUUGGGGCUUUGCUGUGCCAGUCUCGACGCAUGACAGACACCAUGAUCAUAGCGGGCGCGCAGCGCCUCGCAUCACUUUCCCCAGCUCUCAAAGAUGCGGAUGAUGCGCUGUUACCCGAUUUUGAUGAAGCACCUCGAGUGAACUUUGAAGUUGCCGUGGCUGUAGCGGAGCAAGCGGUCAAAGAGGGGGCUGCUGGGGUAGAGUGGGAGGUAGGGCAUGUCAGAGAGAAGGCGAAAGAGAAGCAGUGGGUGCCUGUGUAUGGUUCCUAUGUAUAUAAUGCGGAGGGAGCUACCUAACUCAGGUCUUUAUUCAUUGUAGUUGUAAGGUGUAUUUCGUUUAUGACUACAUGUGAUUUUCAAUCACAUGGAUCGGAAAAGCUUGUUAUAUUAUUGUCACAAA